GGAGGGGUGCGCGUGUGUGCGCGCGCGUCUGUGUGCGCGUGGCGGCUGAGCGGCUUCCUUUCCAAUAGCCCUCACUGGGUCUCCAGGAGGUGCCCAAGUCUCGGUGGCUUCCCGGGCCGGUGUCGCCUGGCGCCAACAGCAGGCAUCCGUCGCCGCCGACCACCCUCACCUUCUCCUCUCCUUCCCGCCCCAGCGCGGCGCCCUCUUUCCUUCUCUAGGGCGCUCGCCCUCUCGCCCUCGCUCCGGACGCGCGCUCCCGCUCGCUCCGGACCUGGCGUCUGAGCCGCGCGGGAGAGCCGGCCGGCCCCUUGGAGCAGGCGGAGGCGGCGGGCCGGGGGCGCGCGGCCGGGGCAGCGGCCCCGCGCCCCGCGGAGAGGGCUGUGAUUGGAGCAGGAGCCCGCGCCCGACCUGCCGCAGAGGGUGCCGAGCGGGCGCCGCCAGUCCGCCCCGAGCACCGAGCUGCGCGCACUGGGUCCCGAAGCGCCCGCGGGAGCCCGGCUGCUGAGCGCGCGCCCUUUCGGAUGCGAACACCCGGGUGGCCAGCGCCGGACGCCGCCGGGAGGGCAGCGAGGCCCCAGGCACCUAUUACACCAUUCUUUGGCGAAGGUUAUUCAGCAGUGGUGACCCCUUGCAAUCGAACACUCUACAAAUUAUUAUCUCUGGACUCCCAGCUGACACCCUGCCGGAGGCAAGAGCUACUAAGCCAACUGGAACUGUGCCUUUUCUCUUGUCAAGGUUUUUUUCUUACACAGGAAAAAGAAAGAAAAAAAAAAGAUGAAGUUGGGCAAAGUGGAGUUCUGCCAUUUUCUGCAGCUAAUAGCGCUUUUCCUGUGUUUCUCUGGGAUGAGUCAAGCAGAGCUCUCCAGGUCCAGCUCAAAGCCCUAUUUCCAAUCAGGGAGGUCCCGGACCAAGCGCAGCUGGGUGUGGAAUCAGUUCUUUGUGCUGGAGGAAUACAUGGGUUCAGACCCACUCUAUGUAGGAAAGCUUCACUCUGAUGUUGAUAAAGGAGAUGGUUCCAUCAAAUACAUCUUGUCAGGCGAAGGGGCAAGUUCCAUUUUCAUUAUUGAUGAGAACACUGGGGAUAUUCAUGCUACCAAGAGGCUGGAUCGAGAAGAGCAGGCCUACUACACGCUCCGAGCCCAGGCGCUGGACAGGCUCACCAACAAGCCUGUGGAGCCUGAGUCCGAGUUUGUCAUCAAGAUUCAGGAUAUCAACGACAACGAACCCAAAUUCUUGGAUGGCCCAUACACGGCGGGAGUUCCCGAAAUGUCUCCCGUGGGGACCUCAGUGGUACAAGUGACAGCAACCGAUGCAGAUGAUCCCACGUAUGGCAACAGUGCCCGAGUGGUCUACAGCAUUCUGCAGGGACAGCCGUACUUCUCGGUGGAACCAAAAACAGGAGUCAUCAAGACCGCCCUUCCAAACAUGGAUAGAGAGGCUAAAGACCAGUAUUUGCUUGUUAUUCAGGCAAAGGAUAUGGUUGGUCAAAAUGGAGGACUGUCAGGAACUACGUCGGUCACCGUGACCCUGACUGAUGUCAACGAUAACCCACCACGCUUUCCUCGAAGGUCUUACCAGUAUAACGUCCCAGAGUCAUUGCCAGUGGCCUCCGUUGUGGCUAGAAUCAAGGCAGCUGAUGCAGAUAUAGGCACUAAUGCUGAAAUGGAAUACAAAAUUGUGGAUGGUGACGGAUUGGGGAUUUUCAAGAUUUCUGUUGACAAAGACACUCAGGAAGGAAUCAUUACUAUACAGAAGGACCUGGAUUUUGAAGCCAAAACAAGCUACACACUCCGGAUAGAAGCUGCAAACAGAGAUGCCGACCCUCGCUUUCUAAGCUUGGGGCCAUUCAGCGACACCACAACGGUGAAGAUAAUUGUGGAAGAUGUGGACGAGCCCCCUGUGUUUUCCUCACCUUUGUACCCCAUGGAGGUGUCAGAAGCUACCCAAGUUGGGAAUAUCAUUGGCACUGUGGCAGCUCAUGACCCAGAUUCUUCCAACAGCCCUGUGAGGUAUUCAAUUGACAGAAACACAGACUUGGAGAGAUACUUCAAUAUUGAUGCCAACAGUGGAGUUAUUACAACGGCCAAAUCUUUGGAUCGAGAGACAAAUGCUGUUCAUAAUAUCACAGUUCUUGCCAUGGAGAGCCAGAAUCCAUCUCAAGUCGGAAGAGGCUAUGUGGCCAUUACUAUACUCGACAUCAAUGAUAACGCCCCCGAAUUUGCUAUGGACUAUGAAACCACUGUGUGCGAAAAUGCCCAGCCAGGGCAGGUUAUCCAGAAGAUCAGUGCUGUUGAUAAAGAUGAGCCAUCCAAUGGACACCAGUUUUAUUUCAGCUUAACAACUGAUGCAACAAAUAGCCACAACUUUUCAUUGAAAGAUAACAAAGACAACACAGCUUCCAUUCUCACCAGGAGAAAUGGCUUCCGAAGACAAGAACAAUCUGUUUACUAUCUGCCGAUCUUCAUCGUGGACAGUGGCUCGCCUUCCCUCAGCAGCACCAACACUCUCACCAUCCGCGUCUGCGACUGUGAUGCCGAUGGCAUCGCCCAGACCUGCAAUGCGGAGGCCUACGUCCUACCAGCCGGCCUCAGUACGGGAGCCCUGAUCGCGAUCCUCGCCUGUGUCUUGACAUUGCUGGUGUUGAUCCUCCUGAUUGUCACCAUGAGAAGACGGAAAAAAGAGCCUCUCAUUUUUGACGAGGAGCGAGAUAUCAGAGAAAAUAUCGUGAGAUAUGACGACGAAGGUGGGGGAGAGGAAGACACAGAGGCUUUCGACAUGGCCGCACUAAGAAAUCUCAACGUCAUCAGAGAUACCAAGACUCGGAGGGAUGUGACUCCAGAAAUUCAGUUCUUGAGUCGACCAGCUUUUAAAAGCAUCCCAGAUAAUGUCAUUUUUCGAGAAUUUAUUUGGGAGAGACUGAAAGAAGCCGACGUGGAUCCCUGCGCUCCCCCCUAUGAUUCCUUGCAGACGUAUGCAUUUGAAGGAAAUGGCUCAGUGGCUGAAUCACUCAGCUCCUUGGAUUCCAUCAGCUCAAACUCUGAUCAGAAUUACGACUACCUAAGUGACUGGGGGCCUCGCUUUAAACGACUUGCAGAUAUGUAUGGAACCGGCCAGGAGAGUUUGUACUCAUAGCCCUGGAACCUUAAUUUGAAAUGUACUGAAGAAAAAGUAAAAGCAAAAAAACAAAAACACCCACUACAUACAGAAAACGAGAACUCGACUUACUAGAGAAAACGGUUGUAAAUAUUUCUCCAUUUUUAACUGUUUAGGUUUUUGCCUUGGUGAAGCAUAUCUUCAUUAGACUUAUCCAAGGGACUGCACUGACCACAGACGUUGAGCAUUUGAAGGCUUUUUGAUAAAUCGAAAUGCUCAGUGGUCUGUGAAUAGAUAGCAACUCUCAGAUAUCUGCAAAGCACCUAACCUCGAUGAGUAAGUAGUGCCCUGUGUUGUCCGUGAACCAAGCGUGCCCUGUACAUAGCUUCACGGCACUGCCGGUGAGAAGAACAGAACACGAUGUGCCAUUGAAAAGUCCUGGAACUUCUUGCAUAUCAGAACUUGGGACAAAUUUAAUUUACAGUGUUGCUUUUAGCUUGCUAGGUCAUAGAAUCCAGCAGAAGUUUAUUGCUGUUGGUUGGCAAAUAUAUUUCAUUUAGCAAUAUAUAAAUUCUUAGAAAAUCCUCCCCAAUCCUUCAAUACAAGCCAAUAAAAUUUGGUUUAAGGCAACAUAAACCGUUGUUUAGCAAAUAAAUUAUGGAGUGUUCCCAAUAAGAAAAAGGUAAAUCAUUCUUACAGUUUGCAGUCGUUUUGAGAUGCUUGUGUAGGUAUGAAAAAAGUUGCUGUCUAUUCAUUGAUUUUUAUUAUCUCUUCUGAUUUAUACAGGAGACUAUCUUUCCUUUUCUUAUUUGACACAUGGUGUUCUAUUUAUUUUGGAGCUCUGAUCUCCACUAAAUUCAGGUCCAUCUGACUGCCUCAUAGCAUUAAGCUCGUCAGAACAUGCUGAUUUUUCUCUAGUCUGAGCUACAUGAAGGGAAUGAAGCAUGGAAAUGGAGAAAAAAAUAGCAGAACAGUUGAGCCUUGCCGCAGUUCACAUCUCAGAGAGGAGCACAGCUACAAGGACAUAUAAGUUGUUCAUCUGAACCAUUAGAAUGUACCAAACAGUGGAAUAAAAUAUUUGCAUUUUAGAAAGAUUUCAGAGAGAAUUGAGAUUUUUUUUUCUGAUGCAAGAUUUAUUUUUGAAGGUCACAAGUUCUAUAUGCUCCAAAGACUUUUGAGAAUUUGUUUUCCCCAGCCUCUUUUGCUGUAAACAUAUUGAGUAAAAGACUUUUUUUUUUUACUAUAUCUUAAUGUAAUGUUGUUAUAAAUUUCAAAAAUCCGUCUUUAAAUUCUGAUGCAAAUUUGUUCCUCAAGAAUUUACCAAGCAAUGUAUGAUUUCUGUGCUGGUUUAGAUGGGCCAAAGUGAGGAGAGCAAUUUCCAGUGAUCACAUGUGUUUGAGAUGGGCCUCUUAGAAUUUUAUGAUUAAAAUGAUAUUUCCACCUCUCUUUUUCCUAGAAUAGUACUAGUUUAAUGUGCAUAUAUUACAACAAGAAUGGAUUUUUUUUCUUUCAUUUCUCCUUUUAAAAAUUAUUUAUUGGGUUCCUAAUAAAUCUACAGGUAGUGGAUACUGUAUAGGAAAUUACAUUUUAUAAAAGUGCUUUUUUCUGAAAGACAGACACUGGAAUCAGACUAUCAAUAUUUGGAUUACAUGAGGAGAAACCAGGAUUCUAUAAAUCUACAGCUCAUCUCUAGAAAUACAGUACAUGAAAGUGGCCUUCAGCUUCAUCAAAAUAAAUAAUUCACUAAGUCUGAUUAUCUGCAAACAGUCCUUUCAUUUGAAUUGAGUUUUGUAAACAUUGUUUCAGGACUAGAUAGAUAUGCUUCUUGCUGGAUUAAUAUACAUAUAUAUGAAAAACUCGUAACAGUAAAAGGUUCUGUUCAUGACUUUUAGUCACAUGUGUAAGCUUUUCAAAUAAAAAAAAAAAAAACGUAGUACACUUACCCAAUUCAAUAAAAGCAGAGUGUGGUUCAGGAAUUAUAUAGGUGUGAAAUCAGCAAGGUGCUGAGAAAACAGUUUUGUAAUAAUCCCCUUGUUGUCUCCAGGAAGAUAAAAUAGUACAUUCGGAUUAUGAUGUCAAAACUGCUGAUUGUUGCACAUAUCACUAAAUGGAGGUUUGAAUGUAUUUUAGAAAAGAAACAUCACAUCAUUCACCUGGCUUUCUCUUGUUUUCAAGUAUAUAUAUAUAUAUAAUAGUAUAUUUUUUUUCUUGUUUUUUUUCAU